UAGAGAAAACGGUCUCUCGCCCGGGCUCCUACUGCCUUGGAAAAAUUCUUGAUUUAUAACUAGACAUUACUCAGCAGAACAUCGACCCUCAUUUGAACAACUUCCCUCUUGCUUUCUUUUCUUUUGCGUCAGUGUAUGUUUUUCCUCCCCACUCAAAUUUGAGGGCAUUUGUAAUUCACUUUCACCUUUUCUUUGAACAGAUUUCUCAUUGUUGGAGAGUGCUUGGGGAAGGCCAGAUCGCUUUAGUAGAAGGUCUCAGGAUUUCCAGUAACCUGACUGAUCAUUGUGAUGGAACAGGAGCAAAAACCCAUGGUCUCAAAUUCCAGUGCCUUCACUGACAGGGAGAAUUUGAAAAGCACUUUCACAGAAGGCGAACAUGAAAGUCACCUGGAAAUUAUUCAAUACAAUAAUCCUAAGGCAGUUAAACUUAAAAAGGGAAUCUUGAGAUGGUCUAAGAAAGAUGGCCCACAAAAUUAUAAGCACAAGGAUAUGAAGGGAAUGUCACUGACAUGCUCUCAAAGAGAUGAGAGUUGGUGUAGUGAGUCCUGUGAGAGUGAGGGCAUGUCAGAGAAUGAGGGGAAUUGUAGAGGAAAAGAGGAAGAAAAGCCACCUCCUUGGGGAACAGACUUCUGCUCGCACAUCAAUGCCUCUGUCCAGGGGAAUGCAUCCUUUAGAGAUAGACCCUACAAAUGCUCUGAAUGUUGGAAGAGCUUCAGUAAUACUUCUCAUCUGCGUACUCACCAGUGGACCCACUCAGGAGAAAAACCGUAUAAAUGUUCCGAGUGCGGGAAGUGCUUUAGCAGUAGCUCUCACCUAAUUCAGCAUCUGAGAACACACACAGGUGAGAAACCCUACCGGUGCGGUGACUGCGGGAAAAGCUUCAGCAAUACCUCACAUCUUAUUAUCCAUAAGCGAACUCACACGGGAGAAAAACCCUACAAGUGUCCUGAGUGCGGGAAGAGUUUUAGUAGCAGUUCUCACCUGAUCCAGCACCACAGAUCACAUACUGGUGAGAAGCCGUAUGAGUGUCCUGUCUGUGGGAAGUGCUUUGGCCAUAGUUAUGUCCUCAUAGAGCACCAGAGGACUCACACUGGAGAGAAACCUUACAAGUGCCCCGAUUGUGGGAAGAGUUUUAGUCAGAGCUCUAGCCUGAUUCGCCACCAGAGGACUCAUACAGGGGAGAAGCCCUACAAAUGUCUUGAGUGUGGGAAAAACUUUGGUUGUAAUUCUACUCUAAUCAAGCAUCAGCGAAUACAUACAGGAGAAAAACUCUACCAGUGUACAGAAUGUGAGAAGAAUUUCAGUCGCAGCGCAAAUCUUAUUACACAUCAGAAAAUGCACACAGGAGAAAAGUCCUACAAAAGUUUCAGAUACGAAGGAAGCCUGAGUCACCACAAUGAUGUCACCCAAGAGUGCAGGAUCCAGCCAGGAGAAAAACCAUAUAAAUGCUGUGAAUGUGGGAAAAGCUUUGGCCUCAGCUCCCAUCUUAUUCGACAUCAGAGGACACACACAGGAGAGAAGCCUUACAGAUGCUCUGAAUGUUGGAAAACCUUCAGUCAGAGUUCCACCCUGGUGAUCCACCAAAGAACACACACAGGAGAGAAGCCUUAUAAAUGCCCAGACUGUGGUGAGGGCUUUAGUCAAAGCUUUAACCUUAUCAGACACCGGAGGACUCAUAUGGGAGAAAAACCUUACAAGUGUGCAGACUGUGGAAAAUGCUUCAGCAGAAGUACCUACCUCAGUCAUCAUCAGAAAACUCAUUUGAAGAGGUCUUUUGAGUGUCCUGAAGUUGAAGGUUUUUCUCAUGACAGUACUUGGAAAAACAGUUCGAGGGAAAUGGCCUUUAUCUCUUCAUUUUCAAUCCCGAAUUUUUCUUCUUCUUGAAUCCCAAAGCUGGUUUUAUGGAUGUUGUUUCUUUGAAUUUUUUUGUUUGU